AUGGUAACCAAGGAAGACAAUGAUGAAGAAGCAGCCUUCCUGAUGAAGGUUGUAUGCGAGCGACAACGGAUUCAAGCAGAUCCGUCCCACCGGGUUCAUCCACCGUCGGCCGAACAAGAACAACUACACCAUACAAAUGACCCACAGGAUGCAGCACAAAAUCAGCCUCGUACUGACGCCGAUACAUCUGCGGCUUGUACCCAUACACCUGGUGCGAAUUCAGCUGGAUUCUCCAGUUCGCUGGUGCGACCAACCAGUGCAGAUGAUAUUUCUGGUACCACCAACGGUGGUCCGAUUCGCGUGGUCAUUUCCAAGUUGUCACCGCCACCUACAGAAGCUGCCAAUGAUGAACCACAUUUGCUACCUCCAACAGAAAGUACCAAUAAGGAAGUACCAGUAGUCUUACCCAAUCAAAUGCAAGUGGAGGGAGGAGAGGUCGAGGAACAAGCCACACCACAGCCAAUGGGUCUAAGAAGAGAACAAGGACGCCCAGCCAGUCUCAGUUUCCCAGGCGCGUUUGCCAUUUUUAAUACUGGUAUGACAGAUACUGCUACAGAAACACAAACACAAGAAGAAAACGGUACGGAACCAGCAGUGAAUUCAACACUCAGCAACGAAAUUGCUCCGGGGGGGAACAGUGGUUUGGCCGUGGCCAAUCCUGUAGAUGAAGAAACCCAACCCGAUGAUUUGCCAAUGGCGCAGGAUUACAAUGCGGAAUCCCAAGACCAAGACAGAGAAAAGAGAAUGAAGCAAUUUAAAACCAAGGUCCUCUUGGGCGUCAUCGUCUUGUUGGCCAUCAAUCUCAUUGUGGUGGCCAUUUUCACACCUGGAAAGAAGAAUCCCGAGGAGAAUUCCGAGACGACUGUGGCACCAACCGAGGGACCCAGUCGCAACCCAUCUCCGGCACCCACUUCGUAUUCCGAAUAUUGGUUAUCCCUGUUGCCAACAACCACAGUUAGUACCAUCCUUGAGAAUCAAGAUUCUCCCCAGUCAAGAGCCUAUGAUUGGCUCUUGGAUGACAUUCAAAGUUCGCCAUUUCUCUCUUAUGAUAGGAUCAAGCAAAAGUUUGCACUGGUUGUCCUCUACUUUGCCACCGGUGGAGACAACUGGCUGAAAAACACCAACUGGCUCAACCAUACUGUCCAUGAAUGUGAUUGGUUCACCCAACCUGCUUUUGCCAGGAAGCAUGUAAUUUCUAGGACAUUCCCAGGCUACUUGACUGGUUUUUUGGAACCUCCACCAUUAACAAACUGUGACACUGAUGGGCAGUAUCUCCAUCUUUGGCUGGACCAAAACAAUCUUGGUGGUUCUUUGCCAGAAGAACUUUACAUGCUGACUUCAUUACAAACACUGUCAAUUGAUACAAGCAAUCUAGUUGGCACCAUUUCAAGCUUGCUUGGCCAGCUGACCAAAUUGGAAGGUCUUUCCUAUGCUAACUCACUGAUGACAGGCACGAUACCAAGCGAAGUUGGCUUGCUCUCAAACAUGAACAGCCUAAUCUUCUGGCACAAUCAGCUGAAUGGGCUCAUUCCUUCAGAGCUCUGGAGUCUAACCAAGAUGGACACCAUAUUCCUGGGAGGUCAGAAUCUACAGGGCAAAUUGCCUACAGAGCUUGGUACCUUUUCAAAGCUAAGAUGGAUGAUGCUGGAUGAUGGCAAUCUCACAGGGACGAUUCCCACUGAACUUGGACAGAUUGAGACACUUGAACGGUGCAUUCUCAAUCACAAUCAAUUUUCAGGAACCAUACCAAGUGAGAUUGGAAUGCUUUCCAACAUGUUAUUGAUGUCAUUCCGUAACAAUAACAUGGUUGGAACCUUGCCCAGCGAAUUGGGCCUGCUCACUGCGCUUAUUUUGCUGUCGGGCCGGAGCAACCAACUAUCAUCCCAAAUUCCGAGUGAAAUUGGUCUCCUAACAAAUCUGGUGGUAACCCUAAACCUCCAGGACAAUGAGUUCCUCACUGGGACUAUCCCGACAGAGCUGGGCCGCUUGACCCAGUUGCAUUUUUUGGAAAUCCAAGGAAACCAGCUCUCGGGAAAGAUCCCGAGUGAACUUGGCGGGCUCAGUGCUCUGGAUGUUUUGAAUUUGGCCAGUAACGGCUUGUCCGAUUCGAUCCCUCAAGAACUGUCAGCUUUGCAAGAAACUCUCCACACAUUUGCACUGCAUGGGAACCCAUUGUUGGGAGGUACUCUCCCUGAUGCCAUUUGCAGCCUGAAUGGUACCUGCACAAAGUUUCGAUCCAAGCUUGAUUCCUGUACUGGACCACAAGGUUUGUUGUUUGAUUGUACUGAUUUGCUGUGUGGCUGUGGCUGCUCUUGCGAUGAUUCAAACUGA